AUGGCAGGAAUCAUCAACAAGAUCGGAGAUGCACUCCACAUUGGAGGAGGCAACAAGGAAGACGAGCACAAGAAGGUGGAACACAAGAAACACGCCGAUGAGCACAAGAGCGGAGAGCACAAAGAAGGUAUCGUCGAUAAGAUCAAAGACAAGAUCCACGGUGGAGAAGGCAACAGCCACGAUGGUGAAGGCCACAAACACAACGGUGAGAAGAAAAAGAAGAAGGAGAAGAAGGAGAAGAAACACCAUGGGGAUGGUCACCACAACAGCAGCAGUGACAGCGAUAGCGAUUAA